GAAAGGAGAAGGAGUGUCCCCAUCUGAUCUGAACGGGACUUUUACCGUGUAUGUAUGUAGUCCAUACUCUUGACUCUCUCACCUAUUCUCUUCUUCUUUCUUUUCUUUCUCUCUGUUCUCGCAAUGGCUCAUCUCUUCAGGGACCUAUCAUUGGGCCAUUCCAAGAGAGACACAACGCCGCCUACCAUAAUGCCUCCAAAACCUUCCGCCCUUUCUUCCGCUGACGACCUCCCUUCUCCGCUCGGCCAACUCGCCGCCAACCUUUCCGAUUCCGACCUUUCCUUAACAGCCUUCGAGAUCUUCGUUGCCGCCUGCCGCACCUCCUCCGGCAAGCCUCUCAGUUCCAUCCCUAAUCACUCCUCUGCCAAUUCACCCGGCCAGAACUCGCCCAACUCGCAAGCACUCCAGCGAUCCAUCACUUCCACCGCCGCCAGCAAGGUUAAGAAGGCCUUCGGCUUGAAAUCGCCUGGUUCGGGCUCCAGAAAGAGUCCUGGCUCCGGUUCGGCUUCCGGUUCGGGCCAGGGAAAGCCGAAGCGACCGUUAACAGUAGGAGAACUCAUGCGGAACCAGAUGAGGGUUUCCGAAGCCAUGGAUUCGCGCGUGAGACGCGCUCUUCUCAGGAUUUCCGCUGGCCAGGUCGGAAGAAGGAUUGAGUCUGUGGUGGUUCCGCUUGAGUUGCUGCAGCAACUCAAGGCUUCGGAUUUUACUGAUCAGCAAGAGUACGUUGAGUGGCAGAAAAGAACCUUGAAGGUUCUCGAGGCUGGUUUAAUUUUGCAUCCACAAAUUCCCUUGGAUAAGUCGAAUUCUGCGGCACAGCGUCUGCGGCAGAUUAUUCAUGCUGCAUUGGAUAAGCCUAUAGAAACCGGGAAGAAUACUGAAUCUAUGCAGGUUCUUCGUAGUGCUGUCAUGUCUCUUGCAAAUCGGUCGUAUGAUGGAUCUUAUGCUGAUUCAUGCCACUGGGCAGAUGGGAUUCCUCUGAAUCUGCGGCUUUAUGAAAUGCUUUUGCAAUCAUGCUUUGAUGCUAAUGAUGAAUCGUCUAUUAUUGAGGAAUUUGAUGAGCUGAUGGAACAAAUAAAGAAGACCUGGGGUAUCCUUGGGUUAAAUCAGACGUUGCAUAAUCUUUGUUUCACUUGGGUUUUGUUUCAUCGGUUUGUUGUGACUGGCCAGGCGGAUUUGGAACUGCUAUCUGCUGCUGAUGGCCAGCUGGCAGAAGUUGCAAAAGAUGCGAAGACAACAAAAGAUGCAGAAUAUUCCAAAGUUUUGAGCUCUACGUUGACUUCUAUAUUGGGAUGGGCUGAGAAAAGGCUCCUUGCAUAUCAUGAAACUUUUGACCGGGGUAAUGUUGAAACCAUGCAGGGCAUAGUCUCUUUAGGGGUAGCCGCAGCUAAGAUUUUGGUUGAGGAUAUAUCCAAUGAGUAUCGCCGGAGGAGAAGAAAUGAUGUCAAUGUGGCACGUGAAAGAAUUGAAACCUACAUCAGGUCAUCACUACGCACUGCUUUUGCCCAGAUAAUGGAGAAGGCAGACUCCAGCAGGAGAGCAUCCAAAAAUCAGCCAAAUGCUCUCCCUGUCCUUGCCAUCCUUGCGAAGGAUGUAGGUAGCCUGGCAACCAAUGAAAAACAAGUCUUCAGUCCAAUACUUAAGAGGUGGCAUCCUUUGGCAGCAGGUCUUGCUGUGGCCACCCUCCACUCAUGCUAUGGAAACGAAUUAAAGCAGUUCAUAUCAGGUAUCACAGAAUUGACACCUGAUGCGGUUCAAGUGUUGAGAGCUGCCGAUCAGUUAGAGAAAGACCUUGUGCAGAUAGCUGUGGAGGAUUCAGUGGAAAGCGAUGAUGGAGGUAAAGCAAUUAUCCGUGAGAUGCCUCCUUAUGAGGCCGAAGGGGCAAUUGCCAACCUUGUGAAAAUAUGGAUUAAAACUAGAAUAGACAGACUAAAGGAGUGGGUCGAUAGGAAUCUGCAGCAAGAGGUUUGGAGUCCUCAAGCAAAUCAGGAAGGAUAUGCUCCAUCUGCUGUUGAUGUUUUGCGGAUUAUAAAUGAGACAUUGGAUGCUUUCUUUCAGCUUCCGAUACCCAUGCAUCCUGCAAUGCUUCCUGAAGUGAUGAAUGGCCUUGACAAAUGCCUUCAGUAUUAUGUCAUCAAAGCAAAAUCUGGCUGUGGAUCACGAAACACAUUUCUUCCAACAAUGCCAGCAUUGACCAGGUGCACUAUCGGUUCAAAGUUUCAGGGCUUUGGGAAGAAAAAAGAUAAAUCUCCAAAUCCUCAGAAGAGAAACCCUCAGGUUGCAACAAAUGGGGAUAGCUCUUCUGGAAUACCACAACUCUGUGUUCGCAUUAAUACUUUGCAGUGGAUCCUGGGUGAAUUUGAUGUUCUGGAAAAAAGAAUAAUUACCCUUCUACGGAACUCUGAAUCUGCUCAUGUGGAAGAUUUUUCAAAUGGAUUAGCAAAGAAGUUUGAACUAUCUCCAGCUGCGUGUCUUGAAGGAAUUCAGCAACUCUGCGAGGCUGCAGCCUAUAGAGUUGUCUUUCAUGAUCUAAGCCAUGUUUUAUUGGAUGGUUUGUACGUUGGGGAUCCAGCAUCUUCAAGAAUUGAGCCAUACCUUCAGGAACUUGAGCGGAAAUUAAUGUUCAUUUCAGAUACUGUUCAUGAAAGAAUUCGCACACGAAUUGUUACUGAAAUAAUGAGAGCUUCCUUUGAUGGAUUCUUGCUUGUAUUGCUUGCUGGAGGUCCCUCCCGUGCUUUUAACCGGAAGGAUUCUCAGAUCAUCGAGGAUGAUUUCAAAUUUCUGAAGGAAUUGUUUUGGGCAAAUGGGGAUGGCUUGCCUUCUGAAUUAAUAGAUAAGUUUUCAACAACUGCGAGGUCUAUCCUUCCCCUUUUCAGAACUGACACAGAGACCCUCAUAGAGCAGUUUAGACGGUUGACCAUGGAGACAUAUAAAUCCUCCGCCAGGUCUAAACUUCCAUUACCUCCCACUUCAGGACAGUGGAAUCCGUCAGAACCAAACACAUUGUUACGUGUAUUAUGUUAUAGAAAUGAUGAAUCAGCUUCCAAGUUUCUGAAAAAGGCAUAUGAUCUACCUAAGAAACUUUGACAACCCUGAGAACUAGUUAAUGGAAUGGCAAACUGAGAUGUACUUGGGAGUGGGAGAUGCGAUCUGUUAACUGUCUGGUUCUGCUGGUGAGUGCAACGUUGCCAAGCAGGUAAUUUGUGUGAAUUGUUCAGCAAGACCUACGUCAGGAUGGGGCCGUCCUGCGAGACAUUGGGAAUAUUGUCCAGAGGCUUAGUGCUAUCGGCAGCGUAUUCUCCAAGUCUGAAGUGAGGCAGCAUAAAUAUGGGCCAUGAUUAUGGCUGGCUUAUUUGGGAAGGUAGUUGAAUAUUCUUUCUGAUUCAUUAAUUAUUACUAGAGAUAUCUCACGGUGGUUUAUUCUGCGUUUAUCUUAAUUUUUCUUUUUUUAUUUAGAGUUCUCUCUAUAUAAUAUGAAAAUGAGAUAUCCUACGUUCUCAUUAUUCUUUGGUUAAAUUCCUUUGGAUUGGGUUGCCCCUUCUACUAGUAUGAAAUGCAGGAAUUGUAUAAUAGCCCAUUUGUUGAUUGAAGUUUAUGCAAGUUUUUCUUAGUAUGAAUGAAAAGGCCGGCAUUGAUUGUAAACUGGGAUUUAACAUUGUAUAUAUAUGCUAAUGCAGCACUCUUAUGUAAUACAUAUAUCCUUCUUUAGUCAGACA